AUGUCGACAAACAGCACACGGAAGCAGUUGCUCAACGUGAUGAACAACCUUAUGGUGCCGUACAAUGAUGGCUUGGCGGACGCGAUGGAAAGCUAUUUGAAGUUUGCCCAGAUGAAGCCCUCGUUUGCUUUGCUUUCAAUGCCUUUUGGGCGUGUUGGACUGUUGCUACAGAAGUACAACAUCGACUUCGCUGUCAAUAUUCCCACCAUUCUUGUCCCUCCUUUGGUUCCGUGGGCUGCCCCAUACGUACCAAUUCCUUUCCACCAUGUCAGCGUGCACAACAUGAGUUUUUUCGACAGGAUAAUGGUUCUUGGAUUCAACGCCUUGGUGAACUUUUUUCGUGCCGCUGCUUUGUCCAUGGACUACAAGUUUACUUUGGUGCCAGAGAUGGGACUCUUGGCUUGA